AUGGAAGGAUUUUGUCUACACAGAUAACAAGAAUUACAAGGGAUGGGAAAACCAAGCAGAGUGAAUCAAACCUCUGUUUCAGAUUUCCUCCUUCUAGGACUCUCUGAGAAGCUGGAGCAGCAGCCUCCACUAUUUGGCAUCUUCCUGGACAUGUACCUGGUCACCGUGGUGGGGAACUUACUUAUCAUCCUGGCCAUCAGCUCUGACCCUCACCCGCACACUCCUUUGUACUUCUUCCUGGCCAACCUAUCAUUAACUGAUGCCUGUUUCACUUCUGCCUACCCCAAAAUGCUGGCAAACAUUCAUGCCCAGAGUCAGACCAUCUCUUACUCUGGGUGCCUUACACAACUAUAUUUCCUCCUUAUGUUUGGUGUCCUUGACAAUUUUCUCCUAGCUGUGAUGGCAUAUGAUCACUAUGUGGCCAUCUGCCAACCACUGCAUUACAGCACAACUAUGAGUCCCCAACUCUGUGCACUCAUGCUGGGUGUCUGCUGGGUACUAACCAACUGCCCUGUCCUGAUGCACACACUGCUGCUGACCUGUGUGGCUUUCUGUGCCCAGAAGGCCAUUCCCUGCUUCUACGGUGAUCCCAGUGCUCUGCUGAAGCUUGCCUGCUCAGAUAUCCGUAUUAAUGAGCUGAUGAUCAUCACCCUGGGCUUGCUGUGCCUCACCAUUCCCCUCAUGCUGAUUGUCCUCUCCUAUAUCCACAUUUUCUGGGGUAUGUUUGGCAUCUCCUCUUCUGGAGGGUGGUGGAAGGCCUUCUCUACUUGUAGUUCUCACCUCACAGUGGUUCUGCUGUUCUAUGUGUCUCUUAUGGGUGUGUAUUUACUUCCUCCAUCAUCUCACUCUACAGAAGGGGACAGCAGGGCUGCCAUUCUCUACAUGGUGGUUAUUUGCAUGAUAAACCCAUUCAUCUACAGCUUGAGGAACAGAAACAUGAAGGAGGCUUUGGGUAAACUUUUUGGCAGUGGGAAAAUGUUCUUCUUACCAUAA